CAUUUUUCACACGUCUCCUGUAGUCACUACCAGCCCUGUCAGAGGAAAGGAGUUGCUUCCUGUUAUUUCCGUUGAAAUAGCUGUCCCGGCCAUUAGCAGGCAGGCUUUGCAGGAUGGCACUUUGCAGACAGACCGGCUCUGGCAGGCUCUGCCCCGGGCUCCUGCUGUUGCUGCUCUGGGAGGCUCUCGGGAGCGGGCUCCAUCCCGCAGGCACCGCCACGCCGGGAGCCAACGAGUCUCUGGCUGAGCGCCAGAACUGGACAGUGACUGAGUCUGAGGAUCUGCUCCUCAACAUGACCGCGGAUGAGUUGUACAAUCUGACAGCCUUCAUUUGCUGGGCCAAUUUCAGUCACUGGAUGAUGAACGUGACCAGGGCGCGGCUGUGUGAAUGGAGAGUCAUCAGCAGGCCAUACAGCGACCUCCGCAACUGCCUGGAGACCUUCGCCGAAAAACAGAAUUACGGCUACCCCAACAGCAUCGCCGAGGAGCGCAUCGUCCAGGGCCACCGCACUUACUUCAAGAACUGCACCCAAGACUACCCCGUCUUCCUCGACCCACCAGAGGACGUGCUGCUGGCCCUCAUCGUCACCCCCAUCUGCCUCAUCCCUUUCCUGGUCACCCUGGUGGUGUGGAGGAGCAAGGACGGCAAGAUGCAGUCCUGAGCGCCGAAGGGCUCCGGGGGUGCCAGAGGCAUCGCCAACGUGUUAGAGAACCAGACCUGGCUCGAACCUCUGACCCGACCUGACCUUGCCCCACGGGAGCCAGCCCCGGGCCUUCGCCUGCUGGCUGAGCUCCAGCGCUGGAGAGGCUGGGAGGCCCGAGUGCUCCACCCCACCUCUGCAGCGCUCGCUUCCGGCUGGGACUGGAACCACCGCUCCGCUCCCGCCGCUUCCAACCUGGCCACAAGCAGGAGCCGGCAGAGGCCCCAUCGCGCAGGCCCUACUGCCAGGCCCCACAGUUCGGAGACGCUUGGAGAACCAGCCCAGAGCGGCCCCCUCCAAGUCCCUGGAGCAUCCUCCAUCUCUGGCUGAACGCCCAGGGUUUGUACCACGCUGUACCCGCUCAAAUGAGGUUACAGCGCUGGGCUUCCAAUCCCAGGCCUCUAGACCUCACCGACGCCAGCAGGAGGAGAGAGCCUCGUGGGCGAUUCUGCUCUGGAUCUCACCCCUACGUAUCCCCCUACCGGGGUCCCACUCGCAGCUCACCGCAGCUUAACAAGUGCAAACCCCCUCCAGCAGCCCCAGCGCCAUGGAGAGUUCGCCCUCCUGUGUCGUCCUGAUCUGCACUGAGCAGCGGGCGGGGGAAGCCCGGGGGGACUGACUUACAGAGUGGCUCCAGUUCCAUGCGGAGAGGGGUCACAUCCUCCAGAGAAACCCCCUCCCCUCACACGGUUGCUUUGCCUUCUAGGCCCCACCAGCAAGCAGAGGUUGCUAUGCCAGGGCUGGCGUCAUGGGUGCAUGAAGGGGGCCCCUCGCCUUGCAUUGCUGACAAAGCCUUGUGUUUCGGGACAGGACGUCAUGCCAGGGCAGCGGGUUUCCCCUGCCCUGUUUAUGGGGCUCUGAUGCCAGGGGCAGGCUCCCUCGCCAUGUGACACCAGAGGCUGCGUGCCUCUUUUACUGUUUUUUCUGAUCCCCUUUGCAAACAGGCUCCCUGGUUAACCAGCUGGAGAUUAAAGACCUUCCCUUCCCGA